CCCGUCCCUCACACCUGGGUUUUUAUAAUUGUUUUGCCUCCAGUGCCGACGCGUCCUGGCUCAUACUCUCCCGCACACAUUCUCUAGAACAAGAAGACAAGGUGACGAAGGUGGCACCGCUUCUCUUCCCCAGUCUGUAGCACAAAGAGGAAAGAACGAAAGAUGAAGGUGGUGUUGCCGGUGGUGGUGGUGAUGGUGGUGGCGAUGGUGGGCGUAGGUUGCUUCACCUUCACGCAGCCAGAGAUCGAGAACGAGGCGGGUUGUCUGCUGGAAGGCGGUGAGUGCAGUCUGGUGUCCCAGUGUCCCAAGCCUUUUCGCCUGCCAGGCCUUUGUCCUGACCAGCAGGCACGCGGGAUAGACUGUUGCCGCACUGCUACUAGCGAUUACGACUGCAGGAAGCAAUGGGGAAUCUGUCUCCCUACGGAAUCCUGUGGCAACUUACCGAAGGAUCCACACGCACCUUGCCCCGCCAAUCAAGUGUGCUGCCUUAUCGUUGACUAACUAAUUAUUGAGGACGAAUAAAAGACGACCAUGGAAUAGAUACAUAAAUGGUUCUCACAAUGCAAGGCUACCACGACUGUCUUUAGUCUACAGCGCCACUGUGUACCAACGACCUCGGGGGAGCUGAGAGACGCCUCUGUAGCAUCCACCAUUACCUGGCUGACAGCAGAUACGGGAACAAUCAAUUUAAUGAUAUUUCUCUCUCUCUCUCUCUCUCUCUCUCUCUCUCUCUCUCUCUCUCUCA